AUGUCUUCCAGCUCCCCCCCGGGCGAGCAGAACAGCCGGAGCCUGGGCCGGCUGUCGCUGCCCAGGAAAGGCAGCAUGACGCCCGGUAAGAAGCCCUCGGCGCUGGAGCUGGCCGAGAGCACCCCCAACGCCCACUACGCCCCACUCUCCGCCGCCCAGGGCGGGCAGCCGCCGGCGGGCUGCAGUCCGGAGCCGGAGCGGCCGCUGCGCCUGAAGAGCGAGGUGGUGGUGGUGAACGCCGACUGUCCGCGGCCCCCCGUCAGCCUCGACCCCCGCGUCUCCAUCUACAGCCUCCGCAAGCCCCUGCUGAGCCGCAGCAGCGUCCAGGGCAGGGUCUACAACUUCUUGGAGCGGCCCACGGGCUGGAAGUGCUUCGUGUACCACUUCACCGUCUUCCUUAUUGUGCUGAUAUGCCUUAUUUUCAGCGUGCUUUCUACAAUUGAACAGUAUGCAGCUCUUGCUACAGGGACGUUAUUUUGGAUGGAAAUUGUAUUAGUGGUAUUCUUUGGAACAGAAUAUGUGGUUCGGUUAUGGUCAGCAGGAUGCCGCAGUAAAUAUGUUGGAAUAUGGGGAAGACUUCGUUUUGCUAGGAAGCCUAUUUCAAUCAUUGAUUUAAUUGUAGUUGUUGCUUCCAUGAUAGUUCUUUGUGUGGGCUCUAAAGGUCAAGUCUUUGCAACCUCAGCUAUCAGGGGCAUCCGUUUUCUGCAGAUUUUACGAAUGCUGCAUGUUGACCGUCAGGGUGGUACAUGGAGGCUACUGGGAUCAGUAGUGUUCAUACACAGACAAGAACUGAUAACUACACUCUACAUUGGAUUUCUGGGCCUGAUUUUUUCCUCUUAUUUUGUGUACCUGGCUGAAAAAGAUGCUGUAAAUGAUUCUGGAGAAACAGAGUUUGGCAGCUAUGCAGAUGCCCUGUGGUGGGGAGUAGUGACUGUUACAACUAUUGGCUAUGGGGAUAAAGUGCCUCAGACCUGGAUAGGAAAGACGAUUGCAUCUUGUUUUUCAGUAUUUGCAAUUUCAUUUUUUGCACUACCUGCGGGAAUUCUUGGUUCAGGCUUUGCCCUAAAGGUACAACAGAAACAACGACAGAAGCAUUUCAACCGUCAAAUUCCAGCUGCUGCCUCUCUCAUACAGACUGCAUGGAGAUGCUAUGCAGCAGAAAACCCAGACUCUUCUACAUGGAAAAUAUACAUCCGAAAACCUGCCAGAAAUUAUCAUUUGCUGUCACCCAGUCCAAAACCGAAGAAAUCAGUGAUGGUUAAAAAGAAGAAAUUUAAGUUAGACAAGGACAAUGGGCCUUCUUCUCCAGAUAGAAUGUUAACUGUUCCACACAUCACUUAUGACCAUGUGACGGAGGACAGGAAACCUGAUUUCAGUUUUGAAGCUUAUGAACAUUCUGUGAAAAAAAGCCCAACGUUUUUAGAUGUGAACACAGGACCCUUCAUCAGGACCAACAGCUUUGCCGAUGAGCUUGACCUGGAGGGUGAGACACUGUUGACCCCAAUAACUCACAUCUCACAGCUGCGAGAACACCACCGUGCUGCAAUUAAGGUGAUUCGUAGGAUGCAGUAUUUUGUAGCAAAGAAAAAGUUUCAGCAAGCUAGAAAGCCCUAUGAUGUCCGAGAUGUUAUUGAGCAGUAUUCUCAGGGCCACCUCAACCUGAUGGUGCGAAUCAAGGAGUUACAGAGGAGGUUGGACCAAUCCAUAGGGAAGCCAUCUCUUUUUAUCUCCGUCUCAGAAAAAAGCAAAGAUCGAGGGAAUAACACGGUUGGUGCCAGGCUGAACAGAGUGGAGGACAAGGUUACACAAAUGGACCAGAAACUGAACCUCAUUACAGAUAUGCUGCAUCAUCUGGUUUCCCGUCAGCAGGGGGAUCAAGGAAACAACAGAUCAUCUCAGAGAGGCAACAAUGUCAAUUCAGAUCUUUUUCUCCCUAAUAACACUCUGCCGACCUAUGAGCAACUGACAGUACCAAGAAGAAACGAAGAUGAUGUAUCCUGA